GAUCAAUGCGGUUGUAACGUCGUAUUUUCGCUUCUCAUUAUCGUUGCGGUUGUAGGGCGUUCUGUUAUUAUUUUUCAUUCAUUCGCAACGAUAGUGUAAUUGAAAAUAAUUAACAAAACGCAUGCGCGCUUUACAUACGUGUGUAUAUAAAUUGAAAGCAGUGAAAAGGAGAAAAAAAAAAAGUACAUUAGAAUUGGAUUGUGAAAUCGCAAACCAGCCGCCCGAACGUGAAAGCGAGUGUUGUUCCCAUACGUAUUGAUUCGAGUUGCUCUGGAAUACAGCGAGAAUUAUCAAACUAGAAGUGAGUGAGCGAUGGCCUCCGUCGAGUCCGUGGAACCGAGGAUCGUCGAUGAUAAAAAUGGCGAUGACGGUGGUAGCAAACUACGAGUAUGCGUGAUCGGAGCCGGAGCUGCUGGUCUUUGCGCGUUGCGUCACUUGGCCAAAGAUCCCGGCAGUUUUGAAUUCGCGGCUUUCGAACAGUUCGAUCACCUCGGCGGCACCUGGGUUUACAUCGAACACAUCGGCGUUGACGAGAGAAAUUUGCUACCGAUCCACUCGAGCAUGUAUCAGAAUCUCAGAACAAAUUUGCCGAGCGAAAUCAUGAAUUUUCCCGACUGGAGAAAAAUGGGGGGAGCAAACAGAAGCUGUAUUAGUCACGAAGAUGUUUUGGCAUAUCUCGACGAUUACGCUCGUCAUUUCAGAUUGCGUCAAUACAUAACGUUCAACGCCAAAGUCGAGACCGUACGACCUAUUAACCACCCGACUAUACCCGGGCGGGAAAUUUGGAAAGUCAAGAUAAAAAACAUGCACACUUUCGAUGUAGAAGAGAGAGUCUUCGAUGCCGUGAUAUGUUGCAAUGGACAUUUCUUUGAACCGAACGUUCCCGCGAUUCCGGGCAUAAAAACGUUUUCGGGUCGAGUGUUGCACAGCCACGAUUACCGGAAACCGGAACCGUUCGCGGGGAAAACUGUUGUAAUUUUGGGAGCAUCUUCUUCCGGUGCCGACAUUGGAAUCGAACUUUGUGCUUACGCUGAACACGUUUAUCUCAGUCACAACACACCGAGGAUAGUUUCCGAACUACCGGCAAACAUGACUGAAAAAUUGGGGGUUUCCGGGAUCGAGGGAAGGCUGAUUAUCUUCAAAGACGGUAGUUCGGUAACGGCGGACGUAUUUAUAUACUGCACGGGUUACAAUUACAGUUUUCCAUUUCUGCACGAAUCCUGCGGAGUAUCGGUCGACGAAAAUUACGUUCAUCCGCUUUACCGCCAUCUUAUAAACGCCGAGCACCCCACGAUGUGCUUCGUUGGAAUCCCAGCAGCGGUUGUGCCAUUUCCAAUGUUCGAUGUCCAGGUUCGCUACUUCUUGGCGACACUGAAAGGCGUUGCCACACUGCCAUCUAAAGAAACUAUGAUCGAAGAUUCAGUCUACAAAACCCCUUUGAAAAGACACGCUCAUCGGCUUGCCGAAGGUCAGUGGGAGUACAAUGACCUCUUGGCGAGAGACGGAGGUUUUGAUCCUCUUCCACCGAUGUACAAAGCUGGAUAUUCGGCUUGGAAAUUGCAACGCAGCCGAAAUCUUCUUCAUUACAAAGAUGCUAAAUUCAUUGUAGCCGACGACGGGGAAAGCGUACAGAUUAUACCUAACGAUGGAAAUUUAACUUAAUACUACAAUAAUCAGGAUAAUCUGCGUGACGGUGUAUGCAAGAAAUGAUUAUAGUUCACUUGAAUGGAGAGUAUCGAAUGUUCAUUAGAAGAUUAUGAAUUCUGUAUAAGUCGAUGAAUUAAAAUAUAUUCAAUUACUAAACAAAAAA